GGGACAUUUCCUGACUACACUGAGGGACAUUUACACUGAGGGACAUUUACACUGAGGGACAUUUACACUGAGGGACAUUUCCUGACUACACUGAGGGACAUUUACACUGAGGGACAUUUACACUGAGGGACAUUUACACUGAGGGACAUUUACACUGAGGGACAUUUACACUGAGGGACAUUUCCUGACUACACUGAGGGACAUUUCCUGACUACACUGAGGGACAUUUCCUGACUACACUGAGGGACAUUUCCUGACUACAUUGAGGGACAUUUCCUGACUACACUGAGGGACAUUUCCUGACUAUGACUUGAGAUUUGCGGUCACCUCACCUAGCUAAUUUAUGAUGAAUACAUUUUACUGUAAAUCGCUCUGGAUAACAACAUCUGCCCAAAUGACUCGAAUGUUAAAUGUUAAAAAUGGAUUAUGUCCCAAAAAAGCUUUCUCCGUACAGGCUAAAGGCCUCGGACCUGCAGGUGCGUUUCUGUACCAACGAGACCCAGGCCACACGGGAGGUGUUUGUAGCCAAGCUGCAGAGGAUGGGCUUUGAUAUCUGUGUGUCUGAGGUGUUCUCUCCUGCCCCGGCUGCUGUGGCUGUGCUGAAGGAGAGGGGGCUACGACCCCACCUGCUGGUCUAUGACGGUGUUGUCCCUGAGUUUGACAGUGUUGAAAAGGCCAACCCAAACUGUGUUGUCAUAGGAGACGCAGCAGAGAAGUUCUCCUACCAGAACCUCAACGAUGCCUUCAGAGUUCUCAUAGGGCUGGAGAAACCAGUACUGUUCUCUCUGGGCAGAGGGAAGUACUACAAGGAGGAUGAAGGCCUGAACCUGGAUGUUGGGGUUUACAUGAAGGCAUUGGAGUAUGCCUGUGAUGUAGAAGCUGAGGUCAUCGGGAAGCCAGACCCCAUGUUCUUUCAGAAAGUUCUGGAUGACAUGAGGAUUCAGUCACACCAGACUCUGAUGAUUGGUGACGAUCUGGUGAAUGAUGUGGGCGGGGCCCAACACUGUGGAAUGAAGGGUGUCCAAGUGAGGACAGGAAAAUACAGGCCCAGUGAUGAGAAACACCCCACAGUAACAGCUGAUGGCUAUGUGGACAACCUUGCGGAGGCUGUGGAAACCAUCCUGAAGCUCCGGGGCCAGUGAGGAGAGGACCAGGAAGAACCACCUUCACCACCACAAUACACCACACACACAAACAGUGAUUACUCUAGUACGAUCUGACAACAGGGAGUAACCCACUAACAUAGAGAGCCAUGGAGAGAUAGAGCCAAGAUGGAGGAGAUAGAAGAACACAGUCUUAGAGGAGAUAGAGCCAUGUUGGAGCCAAGAUGGAGGAGAUUGAGCCAUGUUGGAGCCAAGAUGGAGGAGAUAGAAGAACACAGUCUUAGAGGAGAUAGAGCCAUGUUGGAGCCAAGAUGGAGGAGAUAGAGCCAUGUUGGAGCCAAGAUGGAGGAGAUAAUAACCUCAUGGUCAGAGGGCAACUAGUUAGGUAAGUUAAUAACCUCAUGGUCAGAGGGCAGCUAGUUAGGUAAGUUAAUAACCUCAUGGUCAGAGGGCAGCUAGUUAGGUAAGUUAAUAACCUCAUGGUCAGAGGGCAGCUAGUUAGGUAAGUUAAUAACCUCAUGGUCAGAGGGCAGCUAGUUAGGUAAGUUAAUAACCUCAUGGUCAGAGGGCAGCUAGUUAGGUAAGUUAUUAACCUCAUGGUCAGAGGGCAACUAGUUAGGUAAGUUAAUAACCUCAUGGUCAGAGGGCAACUAGUUAGGUAAGUUAAUAACCUCAUGUUUACCUGAAGGUGCCUAAAGCCAGUAGCCUCUUUACACACUGAGGACGGACUGGAUGGAGAUGGACUGGGUCUAGUAGUGGGCUGUGUCCAUGUGAUAGUACUGUGGAUUUAGCUGACUAAAGUUAAUGUUUUGUAUUAAAAAAAUAUAUACUUAUUUUCCACCAUAAUUUGCAAAUAAAGUCAUUAAAAAUCCUACAAUGUGAUUUUCUGGAUUUUUUCCCCUCAUUUUGUCUGUCAUAGUUGAAGUGUACCUAUGAUGAAAAUUACAGGCCUCUCUCAUCUUUUUAAGUGGGAGAACUUGCACAAUUGGUGGCUGACUAAAUACCUUUUUGCCCUACUGUAUCACUCCAGUGUUAAUCUGCUAUAUUGUAGUUACCUCGCUACUAUGGCCUAUUUAUUGCCUUACCUCCUCACACCAUUUGCACACACUGUAUAUAGACUUUCUUUUUUUUCUAUUGUGUUAUUGACUGAACGCUUGUUUACUCCAUGUGUAACUCUGUUGUUGUUGUUUGUGUCAAACUGCUUUGUUUUAUCUUGGCCAGGUCGCAAUUGUAAAUGAGAACUUGUUCUCAACUGGCCUACCUGGUUAAAUAAAGGUGUUCUCAACUA